AUGGUGACGAUCGAAGCACUGCCACUUCGUCCUAUCGAAGGCGAGCAACAGGCAUUACACGUCGGCGCACAUUCUUCUGCAUCCGAUCCUCGUAGAACCAUGGUCACCAACACCUCCGAGUCUCCGCUUGCGUCUCGUCAAGCUACGCUAACCACCUCCACUCGACAGAAACAUACAUCCUACCGCCUCAACACAGCGUUCUUCCUCUUUGGCCUGCUAAAUAACUCGCUUUACGUCGUCAUCCUCACCGCGGCACUCGAGCUUCUCCCACAAGGUGUACCCACAGGACUCGUUAGCUUCGCCAACAUCUUUCCAGCACUCAUCGCGAAAGCCAUUUGGCCUUACUUCCUACGAGGUCAAGUACGAUACAGCAAGCGAGUAUGGUCUUGUGCAGCCCUGAGCUUCAUUGGCAUGCUGCUCGUGUCGUUUUUCCCGGCAUUGGCGAUGAGAUUAGUGGGCAUUUCGUUGGCAAGCUUCAGUUCGGGGCUUGGAGAAUUGACGUUCUUGCAGUUGAGUACGAGGUACGCACCCAAGUCUAGCGAGACAAGGAGUGGCUUGACCGCAGCACAGGCGGCAGGCGCGGGUCUGGAAACCAGCUUUGCCGGUGAUGCCGUGGGAUGGUUUGCGAGUGGCACCGGCGCAGCUGGUUUGAUAGGUGCAGCAGCUUGGUGGGUCGUCCGGCCGCUGGGUGUGCAAACCGGAAUGGCGAUUCUGAGUGUUCUGCCAGCCUUCAUGAUCAUGGCAUAUGCGAUAAUUCUACCAUCGGUGCAAGAGCUGCUGGAAGGGAAAGACGGUAAAGGAGGCGCAAUGUAUGCGCCAUUGUCGACAGAAGAUGAUGCAGUGGAGCGGAGCUCUAGCGACGAUCAGCCAACCACCGCCAAUGACGACAGACAAGAUUCCACCAUACAUAUUGGCCCUGGGUCAGAGCAGGAUGUCAAAGUACGACUCUCCUUUCAAGAGAAAAUGGCUUUACUCAAACCUAUGCUUCAACCAUACAUCAUCCCUCUGGUUAUUGUCUACGCCAUGGAGUACACUAUCAAUCAAGGCAUAGCCCCUACCCUCAUCUACCCUCUCCCAACUCGCUCAAGUCAUCCUUUACUCUCACACAUCAUUCGCAAACUCACCGACUACUAUCCGCUGUACCAGUUGGUCUAUCAAACCUUUGUCUUCCUCUCACGCUCCUCGAUUUCGAUCUUCAAGCUUCCUGCCAUCCCGCGACACUUGUUGUGGUUGCCAGCGGUACUUCAGACGGGCUUGUUGGCGGUAUUGCUCACCGAGAGUUUGUACGCUUGGUUUAGGGAGAGCAUCGCGAGUCCGUUGGUGAUCGUCUUGAUUUGUGUCGAGGGUCUGGCAGGUGGAUCGGCGUACGUCAGCGUGUUCUAUAGUAUCGGGGUGGACGAGCAGGGUCGAGGGAUUGCGCUACCGUCUACGGGCGAAGAAGUGGACGAUGAAGGACAAGAAGAGGAUUCGGCGUAUACGAUGGCGAAGAAGGCCCAAGAACACGAAUUCAGGAUCGGUUGCGUUGGGUUCGGUGACAGUCUGGGCAUCCUGGCAGCUAGCCUUAUCAGUAUGCCCCUCCAAGUAUCGCUCUGCGACGCUCAAGUACGCUCCGGUCGCGAUCUGUGCAAGCAGACCUAG